AUGAAAAAGAAGAAGCUGAUCAACAUCUGUCAAAACAAGAAUUCAAUUGAAUAUUGCAUGUCAAUUAACAUUGGAAAAGUUCUAUUAGAGCAAACAUUACGCACUUCAUUUUGGGAACGUUUCCAAUUCAUUUUUGGAGAUGUCCAUGGUUUGGGAUAUCUUCUUGAUCCCAGGUACGCUGGCGAAGAUAUGAAAAGGUCCCUCUGGGAGGAGCUAGAAGACUUUAUCAUUAACAUCAAUAAAGAUCAAUCAGAAGCAAUAUUUUCCAGCUUAAUGCCUUUCCUGUGUGGCCACAAACCCAGGAAGAGCAAAACAGUUUUAUGUAGCCCUGGAAAAUAUUUACCUGAAACAAUAUCUAAGCUGACUGAAAAUUCUAAAGUCAAAAAAGAAAUUGAUCAGUUGUAUAAAACCAGAACUGGAAAAUUGAGGAUUUAUUUAAAGAUAAUGGAAAAAAGAAAGCAGUCAUCCCUCUUGAGUUUUUUCGAGAGUAAAAAAAAAAAAAAAACCGGAGAGGAAGAAACUUUCCAUUCCUCAGAACAAGCAAGUGGCGAAAGCAGUGGUUGUGGAAUUAACAAAAUUCCCAAUGACUCCAAUGAGGAUUUAGAAAUAAGCAGUCUUACUGAGAAUGAGGACAUCGAAGACGGUUCGUGCCAUAAUAUUAAUAAAAAUAAAGAAGAACGAUUGAAUUAUCAAUCCAAACCUAAUGAUAUAAGUUUCUUCAAAAAAUCUUCCAACCAUCAUAACGAAACUUGGACGUUUUACAUCUUAUUCGCAAUAUUUGGAAUCCGCCACGAACUUACGUAUUUCCUUCCACUUCUACAUCUAAAGAAAAAUUUUCCAGAAAAUUCCUAUUUUGUUGGUGGGCGACAAGGUUGGGCUUUGAGGGUUCAUAAAGAUUAUGGCUUAAUAGAACUAGACAAAAUUUCAACAGAAAAUGGGGGAAAUUUUAGGGCACUCUUGAAACAUCGGGUUGAAGCAGGAGACAAAGAUUCGAAAAUGCACCUCCAAAAUGCUGAAAAAAAUGCUUUAUAUACUAGUCCUAUCAUACAAAAUGAAAUAUUAGGUAUUUGUGGGUCAUUAAUCCAGUCGAGUCUCAUAAAGCGAAUUAAAGCAUCGAAAUACUUUUCCCUUCUGAUAGAUGAAACUACAGACAUUUCACACAUCGAGCAAAUGUCUUUUUGUAUCAGAUAUGUGGAUGAGACUCAAAUGAAGAUAUGUGAAAUUUUUUUAUGUUUUGUACCUCUUUUAUCUACCACAGGAGAAAGUAUAUCAAAUCAAAUUCUUUCAACCUUAUUAGAUCUAGGCUACCUUAGGGGGCAGGGUUAUGAUAGAGCAGCCGCCAUGAGCGGCCAGCUAAAGGGAACACAAGCUUACAUUUCAAACAAGCAACCCAAAGCUAUUUACGUGCACUGUAUUUCUCACUCUCUAAAUCUAGCAAUAUCCGAUUCUUGUAAAGUUCAAGAUAUAAGGAAUUGCUUUGGCAUUGUUGAAAGCACAUGUUUUCCUAAACACGCCCAAAAGACAGCACGUAUUGUCCAAAAACAUAGACAUAUUUUGCAGUGA